AAAAAAAAAAAAGGUGGGACUUGCUCGCAGGUGAACUGAACACAGAGCAGGUGUGAAAUCGGCGACAUGUGCCUCCUGAAAAACAAGUUCAAGAGUUGAGAUCCGUUACACGGGCCGGCGUCUGGCCCUCCGCCGCUAUGGCUGCCAGCUGCGUGGGCAAGUGCGCGGCGGUGUUCUUCCUCGCCAUCAUUUUUGAUGCUGUCGGUCUGGUUGUAAUUCUGGUGGGGAUUUUUGGCAAGCUCAACGUGGACGGCCGCUUCUACGGAGAUUUUCUCAUCUACACGGGCGCGCUUGUCAUUUUCUUCAGUUUGGUGUGGUGGGUGUUGUGGUACACCGGCAACGUCCAAUCCGCGGAACACAGGAGAAGUUCCCUGGACAUAAGUUUUACGCAAAGGGUGAGGAAACUGUCUGAGAGGUUCUCCAGAAGUGCCAUAAAGUCUCUGGAGAACAAGAACGUUGGCAAAGAGAUGAACGGAACCGCGCCUCGUGACGUUCCCACUCGGAUUACUUGGCAAUUGACAGCAGGUCACGACAACAAGGGAUUUGAUGGGGGGACUGAGUGCAACCCAGACGGCAAAAACGUGGAGUUGGGUGUACUGAAGAACUCGGAUGUGAAUGUGCACGCUGUGGAGAACAAAUCGGAGAAGUCUCUCUGCCUGGAGAAGGUCGGAUUCCCAUGAACGAUGAAUGGGUGCUGCUUUUCAAAAACUUUCUAAAGACUGAAAACCUUGAGAUAAAGAAAAAAAAAUAGCGUCACUUUUUUAAAUGUAUUCUUUUUUAAAGAUUUCUUAAUCAGGGACAAGCCCAAUUCAAGGUAGAAGGGCUGCACACAGAAGAACAUCUUUCAUAUGUAAAUAUUUUUUAUGUGCUGAUUUUAAAAAAUAUAUAUUUUUCAAGGAAUAAAGUUGACCAGCAUUUGAA